AUGAGUAUCACAAAGAUUUCAGAGCUGCCUCCCAAACCUUUUUUUCUGAGCGCCCCGCCAUUCUACUCAGCAUGCUGCGGUGGGUCCUGUCGGCGCCCUGCAUCCCCCACUGCUUUUCCAAGAGAAGAAAGGGUGCUGCCUCUCCUGACACAGGAUUCUAAUUCUAAAGCUCGGAGGGGCAUUUUAAGAAGAGCUGUCUUUUCUGAGGAUCAGAGAAAGGCUCUGGAGAAAAUGUUUCAGAAGCAGAAAUAUAUCAGCAAAACAGAUCGAAAGAAACUUGCCAUCAACUUGGGCUUAAAGGAAUCACAGGUGAAAAUUUGGUUUCAGAACCGAAGGAUGAAAUGGCGGAAUUCAAAGGAAAAGGAAGUGCUUUCCAACAGGUGUAUCCAAGAAGUAGGCCUCCAAGAGGAUCCCCUCUCUCGGUCUGCUCUGGGUUUUCCUUCUCCAUGUCCUUCAAUAUGGGAAGUCUCCCAACAGCACUCAAGUCCAAGAUGGAGAGAGAAUUCUCCAGAACCUUCAGAAAGACUAAUCCAGGAGAGUUCAGGGGCACCCCUCCCAGAAGCAAAUUCACUGCAAGGUGCCUUGUAUUUGUGUUCUGAAGAAGAAGCUGGAGACAAGGGUGUACUUACUGGGGCUGUCUGAAUGGAAGCGUUCUUCUGCGUUAAUUUAAAAGAACACUUAACUAAUAAGAUUUGGACUCUAAACCAGCUAGCUAGUGCCUCGUCAUUGCUUAAAACCUAACACCUUUGGAGUAAUGCAUGAACUAAUGCUUUAGGAAACCCUCUCCAAUGUUCUCUUCUUUGGUCCUAGACUCAGGCUUAAUCUGUACGUGGAAUAGUAUCUCCCAGGAAGUACGAUGGAACUGAAAAGGAAAAGAGCAAUAGUUGACUCGGUCCCUGCUCUGAGUAUAUGUAUAUAUGUGUGUGUCUCUAUAUGUGUGUACAUAUAUAAAUAUUCAUUAAAAUGCAUCA